AGAUAGAUAGAUAGAUAGAUAGAUAGAUAGAUAGAUAGAUAGAUAAUAGAUAGAUAAUAUAAAGGUGCUGUGUGCCUCUGCAUUAUAACAAACAUAGAGAACAGUAUGUGGAUUUAUACUUUUAAAAGCUGCUAGCCCUGUAGGAAUCUGUACAGGGAACUAUUAUUGGUUAUGAAAGUCUUCUAGCUGGCAUAACGUUAAUAGGAUUACAUGUGAGGAGAAUUUGUGGGAACGGGUGCCCCUUCUUUAUGGUGAUAUGUGAGAUGUGCUGUUGUCAUUCUCUGUGUCCUGGAUCCUUAUAUUGUAUUGUAUGAAUGAACUGGGCGCCCAGAAACCCGGUACCGCUCUAAAGUUCUAUAAAUCCUCCCAAAUCUUUGAUACCGUGUUGUCAUAUUUGCCCAUAUGUGCCCGCAGUGUGUGCUGCAGUACAGUGCCCAGUGAUGCAACUUCACCCAUUGCCUGCUAUGCUGCCCUGAUCCACUAUCAUAAUACCUAGGUAAUCUCAAUAUAUCCGAUUCGCCCAUACACUAGAUACUGCACCCCAAUAUCAGACUGGUUUAACUCUGCACCCCAAUAUAAGGCUGGUUUAACCCAGAACGCAAGAUGCAUUUUCUCGUAUUGUCAUCUUAUAGCUUUGACUGAUUUUAAAUCCCUAAAAAUCGGUGUUUUAGAUCGAAAUAUUUAGGGGUACUGCACCCCAAUAAUAAGUUUUUCCCAAACGCUGCCCCCCCAACUUGCAGAGCUGCCCCCAAUGCCUGAUAUCGUGCUGGCUUCUGAUCCCUCACCCAGUUUAAUUGAUUGUUAUGAUUUCUAUGGAGAUUGCCGGGAGCAUUCCAUUUGGAGGCUGAGACUGUGUGUGAGUGUGUGACUGGGGGAAGCUGCUUGUUUCUAUAUAAAGAAAUCUUCUUAGAUUUGCUGUAGCUCCAGCAUGUGGGGGAGAGAGAGAGAGAGAGAGAGAGAGAGAGAGAGAGGGGGUGAUGCCCCCCACCACCCCGGGUGCUGCUGGAGAGAGCCUGUGUGCUGAUGAUCCUCAUCCUGCUGGGCUCCUCUAGAUAUAAGAACCUUCCACCCGGGAUCACGUGACAUAAUUACCACUAGAAUCAAUCAAGAUGAAUUGCACGUCAGCACACGUUCAGGGUUUUUUCUUGGUUGAUGCUGUCCAAGCUCUCUUGAGCAAUAGAUGGAUCUUGUUCAAUGCAGUGAAAUCUCCUUGUUGCUUUCCUUCGCAAAAAAGGAGACAUGACCGAGUUUGAGAAUUGCAGCAACAGUGCGUCCAAUAUGUAUCUGCCUGGCUGUGCUUACUAUGUGUCUCCCUCGGAUUUCUCCAGCAAGUCCUCGUUCUUCUCCCAGUCUUCCUCCUGCCCAAUGACUCUCUCCUAUUCCUCCAAUUUAACUCAUGUGCAGCCAGUCAGGGAGGUGGCAUUCAGGGAGUAUGGCUUGGAGCGCACAAAGUGGCAGUACAGGGGCACCUACCCCUCCUAUUACCCCAGUGAGGAGGUGAUGCACAGAGACCUCAUCCAACCCACCAACAGGAGAUCCGACAUGCUCUUCAAAUCCGACUCGGUCUGCAACCACCAUGGAGCCCCAAGCAGCCAGUCCAACUUCUACAACUCGGUGGGCAGGAAUGGCAUCCUUCCUCAGGGCUUUGACCAGUUUUAUGACACAGCUCAGUCCCAAGGCUACCAGCAGGGCAUGGACGAGCAGCCUGCUAAAUCUGACCCCAAAGCCACCAGCCCCACCACUAAAGCCCCUUCCACCCAGGACAAGAAGGUGACAAACGACACCAGCCCCGGGACCCCUUCUGGGGAGGCAGAGAAGAGCAACAGUUCAGCUUCCCAGAGACUUAGGAAAAAGAGGUGUCCAUACAGCAAGUAUCAGAUCCGGGAGUUGGAGAGAGAGUUUUUUUUUAAUGUGUACAUCAAUAAGGAAAAAAGGUUACAGUUGUCUAGGAUGCUGAACCUCACUGACCGCCAAGUGAAAAUCUGGUUCCAGAACCGAAGAAUGAAAGAAAAGAAACUUAACAGGGAUCGACUUCAGUAUUUUACUGGGAACCCCCUCUUUUAAGGUGCUAGCUGGCAGAUGGACCCCGUGACUGCUAGACUGCUGCCUACAGUACUUGUAGAUUCCACGGUCUCAUUUUAAUUGGACCUUGCAAUAUUCAUCUGAUGGAAUUCUAAUUCUUUGGAGGAUGCCUUCUUGGUAAGGAAAGGAUAUUGAAAACGUCACUUACUGAAUGCCAGCCAAUGGUGUGUUUUUAUCUCAAUCUAUAUCUCUGAUUAUACAAUAGUAAACUGACUGCAAGUUUCUAGGUUGUCUUACAGAUACAAUGACUCAAAAACAGCUAUUAAAUAUGAAUGCAAUUCAUUUAACAUAUAUAUAUAUAUAUAUAUAUAUAUAUAUAUAUAUAUAUAUAUAUAUAUAUAUAUAUAUAUUAUAUAUAUAUAUAUAUAUAUAUAUAUAUAUAUAUUCUUAUGCACGAAAUAUGUUCUCUUGUGGAAAAUUGUUUAUGGUUACAAUGUUAUCAUGAAAAAAAAAAUGCAUGAAUUCCAAAGGGUCGCUGAAUAUGUGCCAGCCAUUUAUUCCAUUAUAUAAGCCCCAUAUGUAUAUAUUUAUUAAAUUUUCAAUGUAAUUUUUUUAACAACGUGAACACGUUUUUAUAUGCUUUUUUUAAGUUUAAUCUCGUUAGUCUACUCACAAAGAGCUGUUCAUUUGCUAAGAAAAAGUGACAUAAUUGAACCUGGCAGAAAAAUCAUGUCUAUGUGCUAAGGUAAUUGGAAAUAUUGAAGCUAUAAGCCAAACAUAGGAGGCGAGGUGUUUGCUACUGACUGCAGAGAACACAGGAUUUGAAUUUGGUGUCUCAAAAGCAAAUAGUCUUUUUUUAUUUUUAAAGCGUGCAAGAGGAAAGGGUGACAUUUGGUGAUUUUUAGUGUUCUAGCCAGAGAUUUGAGAAGGGACCAAACGUGAAUUCUAUUUAUUUUGCAGACUGGAGAAUUUGGUUGAACAUUUUACUUUAUGCUUUGACCUACAGGGCUGUUUAGAAAACCUUGAACUGUCUAGACAACACAAUAAAAGUAUGGCUUCCAAGCAGGAUAAUUGCCUUAUAUUGUACACCUUCUGCUGGGCUAAGGGAGAUUUCCGCACAGUGCAAUAAAUGGACAAGUAAGAAUGGGGGCUGGUUUCUUCAAUGGAACUUGGUGGGCGUUAUUUCACUGGCAUGAAGUAAACUUAGACAACGGCUCAGAAACAGAGUCACCAAAAGGAUUUGAGAACAAAGGGUGGGGGAGAAAAAUAUAUUGUUUAGAGAAGAAAAAAACAGAAAUUUGCUUCAGUUUAAGUAAAAAAACCCCCAAAGCUUGUGCCUUUGAACUUCCGAAAUGUCAAGGUCAUCACCCUUCACCUUGCAGAAUAAUUAAAUGCCUUAAGGCUCUCUUAUUAUUUUAGUUUUUACCACCCACACUUAGGCAUUAAAAUGUCUUAACCCAAAGGCUUCAAUUUGGUUUUGUGGCCAGAGAGAGAGAGAGAGAGAGAGGAAUCCCUUAAAUGAUAUUGUCUGUCCGUUCUGCAUUCCAUGUGUUUCCAGUGGUAUUUUGGCUCGUUUUUAGUAUUGAAACUAACAAUAUAUUUGCCACUAAAAUGUCAAUGAAGCAGAGCAAAACAAGAAUGAACGAAACGCUUUUGAGCCCAUUAGCCCCCUGACAAACAUUUAGCAGAAGAGACAGGUAACACUACAUUAUAAAUGAGGAGGUACCAAUGUGCUUCUCAACUGUGGUAGUAAAUUCAUGUAGUAAUGACCUCUAAUGGAAUGGUCAAUAGUAACAACAAAUGAAUGAUAAGAUCAUUAAACUUCUGUGCAAAUUAUAAUCAAUAAGCGAAAUAGGUGUAUAAACUGCCCUCACUAUAAUAACAAAAUCACAAAACGUUGAUAGAUAUUUAUAUAUUCAGCGUGAGUGUAGAGCCGAGCUGAUUUCUUAAAAAUACAACUCAGAAAAAAAAUUACUUCCUUGGGUUUUACAUGCAAAACAGCACAUUUAAAUGUGCUUUUUUCACGAAUGUCCACAAGAGGGCGACUCUUGUACUGGGAAUGGCUGCUUUGUGAGCGUCUAUUCCCUGGCUUGGCCAAUAAAUUACAAAAUCAAGUCACAUAAGGAUUCUAGAUUUUUCUCCGGAGCAACAGUUCUGAGAUAUUGCCCGAGUAAUACCUGUUCAAGCACCGCAAUCCCUUUCAGGCAGCCCAAAUGCAGCAGGACAUGAUAGUGAUUAAAGAAAAAAACUGUAUUGGAGUGGUGUAAAGUAUAAAGUGCAAUCAUGAUCUCCUCCCUCUAAAGUGCAGCUGUAAAAUCAGCAGUUCCAUAGCAUCAAGUCACACUAGAUGUUGGUAGGAAAUAUACAUGAUAUAAUUCUAAGCCACCCUUUCAAACCGAGUAGUGAAUGUAACUAAAUGACUUUAUUAUUGCCAGGCAAGGGACAGGGGAGUUGGGCACAUUUGCAGGGUUAAAGAUAUACAGUUUUAGUGGGCGCAAUCUCGUGCUAAGGUAUUUAUGACUAAAUAUGCACCACAGGCCAUAAAGAUCUAAAGGCUCCACUCAGAAAUGAUAUGUCCUGUCUCUCGCCCUAAAUUCUUUCCUCAAGGGCGAUAGCCAAAGUCUUUCGCCUUAACUGAAGUCGAAUUUUAAACAUUUUUAAACCAAAAUUCAACUGUGCAGGAAGCCGAGCAACUCCCAUCACUUCAGGGGAAAGUGAUUAUUCCUACUAGAAUUCCCUAAAAUAAAUGCAUUUCUUUGCUAAGGUAUUAAAAGCACAUUUUGCUAGAAAUUAGGGAUGCGUCGGUGGAAGCUAUUUUGCUUAAACCCAGACCAUAGCUCUAUAUACAUUUCUUUUUUUUUUUAAGGCAAAAAUGCAAAGUAUAUUAUUCUUGAAUCUAAAAAAAAAAACAGUGUUUGUAUCAUGUAGAUGUAACAAAUGUUCAUUUAUAAAUACAUUUGUUACAAA